AUGCUGCAGUCUAUAUAGAGCACAUAAUAUCCCUAACUAACUUAGAGGAAAUAUGGAACUCUAAUGGAAUAAAAAACAGCUGGAAAUGCCACUGAAUUCUCUGAGUCCAAGACAGUUAUUCUUCCCUAGGUGGAUAAAACAUCUGUUGACAUUAAUGUUCAAUCUAUUUCAUAGCUAAAGAUGAACGAAAAAUCAACUAAGGAUUAUAGGAAUUAUAACGUGCCUCCCACUAAUAGUAUCAAUGGAAUGUAAAGCAUCACGCCAUUUAAUUUAACUUUGACAAAGAGAGAGCAUAUGAAUCAAACAGUUUCUUUAAGUGCCAAAAUGAACCGAGGGGAAGCUAUUUAAAAGAUAAGAGGAGUUUCACAUCAUAGAUCUGAAUAAAGUUCAAUAGAUCUCUAUAGAUUGAAAAAUCACUCAACAAUAGGCGAGCAUAUUUUGGAGCAAGCUAAUGCAUAAAAAGAUUAAAACUAAAAUCAACUCAAUUCUGCGAAUACAACCAUGAGUCUAAUGAACCAAAACAGCAACAUUGGUUUCAUUAAUUAGUAUGAUAAGGCUCUGAAGAGUUUUGGAAAAACAUCAAAGAAAAAUUAUGCGGAUUUUAUACAAUCAACUGAAGCAUUAAUGAAUAAUUCUACUAAUGCUUCUGUCGAUAAUUACAGAUUAAAGCAAAAGUAGAAUGACCAGUAUUCUCAAUAGAUUAAGCAGCUAGAAUAAAAAAUCAAGCAGAGACGAAAUUAAAUAUUAAUACUUUAAAAAGAAAAUUAAGAAAAAAUUAGAACAGUUCACCAUUAGCUUCAACUUAGGGAUAGUUUAUAGUAAAAGGUUAUCUCUAAAACAAGUUCAAAUGCCUUUGUUAACUCAAUGUAAGAGGAUAAUGAAACUGAUUUCAAUAAUUCUAAAUUCAUACAAACUAUGACAUAAAACUAGUAAUCUACAAAAGAUGAGACUAGAGUUCAUUCAAUGUAUACGAAUAUAAUGUAGACAGAUAUGGAGAGAGAAAAAGGGCUAAUGAGCAGCUGUAUUGAAAAUGCUAAAAUUAAUUAGCAAAAGAUUAAUGAUGAGCUUCUUGCAGUUAGAGAGGAGAAUAGGAAUCUUAAAACAAAUUUGAAGAGAGUCAAAGAAAUGAUGGAUAAUGGUAACCACAGAAAUAAUGAUAGCAACCUUAAGAAUCAUGGAGGGGAUAACGCAACAGUCAUAAGUGGUGGAGAUAAUUUCAGCUAAUAUACUAGCACAAUGGACUUAAAACACAAAAAAUAACCUAAGUCUAAUAAUUAAUCUACAUCUUAGAAAAACUUGAGUAUUGCAAAGUAGUAAAACUAAUUUGUUGAUAUUAUAAAGUUUGAGAAGUUUACAAUGUGUGUUCCUAAUUUAUUCAAAAUUGAUAAGGCAUUUGAUUUUAUGAUGACAUUUUUAGAUGAACUAAAGAAUAUAUUUGAGUGUUAAAAAGCUACACUUUUUGUGAUAUCAAAGAACCUCUAUCUUUAGCUUAUUGAGAGUGCUAGCAAAGAUAAGUAGAAAUAUGUUCACUCUGUUGAGUAUUGGGAUUCUUAAAAUAUAGAGAAGACAUAAUUGAUUGCUAUAUCAAGAACAGAGAAAGAACUUUGUGAUAGCAUGCUAUUCCCUAGUGUCUAAUUGAUUACAAGAGAAACAAUCAGAAAAGGAGAUCAGAUGGGGAUAUGUGUUAGAUAUCAUAAAAAAGAUGGGGAUCUUAGCUGUAUCAUUUAGUUAGAGUAUGGAUCUGAAAAAGCGGCUGGAGAUGCGAAAACAUAAAGACAGCAAAAGUAAACAAAAGCGAAAGGGCUGCAAUUUAGCGUGAGUGAUGAAAAUACACUUAGAAUCAUAAGCACCUUUAUUUAAUUGAAACUUGAAAAGCAUAUAUUGAACAAAGAGGCUAAAAGAAAAUACUAAGACAGGUUAGAGGCUGUUAAUAUGGCUAAUAGGAUUUGCAAACUUAAGACAUACAAAGCGUUAAUGAAAGGAAUGCACAGAGAACUAACAAGCUUCCUCUCUUGCAAGGAAUGCGCCAUAAUGUUUUAUGACUAGGAAAAGAAGAAACUAUUUACUAUAUCAAUGGAUUAAAAUGAUGAGGACGGUGAGUUGCAGGUAGUUAAAAGAGAUGCUAAAGGCAACGAGGAACUUAAGAAUGAUAUAAAGGAUUUGAGUCUUACUGAGAAAUAGCUUAUUUGGUAUCCAAGUACAAUGGGUCAGACAGGUUAUGUUUUUAAGAAAAAUACUUAUCUUGUGUAGAAUGAUGCAAGAAAACGAUUCAUUAGCGUACAGCAACCAGGUAGCUAGGAUAAUGGAUAGCCAUUACCUCCAAUCAAUGUGGAAUUUAUGAGUGAUUUGGAUAAUUCAAUCGGAGUGAGAGUAUUGACUAACUACAUGAUUGGGGCUUUGUAAGGUGGAGAUGUAAUCAAACCAAAUGGUUUGGUUCAGAUGUUCAACUUUAAGGGUGUAAUAAACAAGGUGCAAAUUAGAAGAUAUGAGGCCAUGUCAGGUUUUUUAGGUGGAUGCUUGGCAAAUAUCGCUGACAUAUCUAGAAGUAUUACUACCAUGAUUGGAAUUCAGCUUGUGAUGGAUGACACUUCAAGUAGUCUAGUUAUUGCAGAAAACAGAGUUGAAUAAAGUCUAGCAGAUAUGAGAAAUAUUUAUGUCCCUAUUGACGCAGCAAAGAAAAUGUGUGAGUAUCUUGAAAGUUUCCACAAUAAUCUCUCAGUUAGCAAAUGA